AUGGGGAAGCUCAAUAUCGCCCACCACAAGUCGUACCACCCGUACAGGAGAGAUAACAUCGAAAAAGUCCGACGCGAUGAAGAAGAAGCACGGCAGAAGGAAGCAAAAGAAGAGGGUCGAAUGUUGCUUGCAGAUGCAGAGGCUCGCAUAGACCUUCUAAGAGAUCGUGCUGGGAUUGACCAACCUGAAAAGAAGAAGAAACGAAGAGAUGACGACGAUAUGAAGCGCAUUGCUUCGAGCAGCUCUAUGCAGGCUGCUGUUCUACCCACUACGAACGGCCAUAUCAACCUAUUUGAGGACCUAGAGCAUACACAACAGGCUAUUGCAGCUGCCAUUAGGGCGUCGAAAAAGACGGGGCCAGCUGAAACUGAGAAAGGUGUGCCUCUGGCCCCUUCUGCGAAAGACUUGAAACCAUGGUAUUCGGAAAGAACCCAAGAUCGAGUUGAGGAAGUAGAAGAGAAGAGGAGACGAGAGGAGUUUCGCAAAUCCGCUCAUGACCCUCUAACAUCAAUCACGAAGCAGCUCGCCUCUCGGCCAUCCGGCUCAACAUCUUCAUCCUCAAGGCCCUCUCGCUCGUCUUCUUUCAGUUCAAUAUCAGGCAAACCGGUAGAAGUCCAAGCUCGUCUAUCAAGAGAAACCACCGAACGAGAACGUGCUCUCGAGUUGAUACGGCGAAAGAAACGCGAAAUGGAAGGCAAUGCCACACCGAGCACCGUCUGUGGUGACUCGGCCAGUGGGUACGGGGAUGUUUAUAAUCGGAGAGAAGUCGAGGAGGCUCAUCGACACCGAGACAAACGGUGGGAUGGAGGCCAUCAACGUUGGAACGAUGAAGACCGGAGGCGUAGACCGAGGCAGUGGUGA